AUGGUCUCCUCGCAGCCACCACAGCUCUCCAGGCCUACUGAAUCGUACGCCGACCGCGCAAAGGGCGCGCAGCCUGCUAAGCCAAAGAAUGGCCCUGCUGUCCAACGGUCUCCUCAGCCAUCAACCUCGGCGACCGGUGCAUCUGGAACUGCCCCAAACACGAAGGUGACCGCUCCCAAACCAAUGCCGUCUCCAGGCUCUGAGAUGCCUACAUCUCCCGCCACACAACCGAGCUCGAGUUCAUACGUACCUCCUGCAUCGGCCACACCCACCAUGAACGGUGACGUAAAAUCACCCUCUGCUGACUCGCCACCCUCGGUGCCGCAGAAUGAGGCGGCAUCUACCUCGUUGACUGCACAAAAGCUCGCGCCUCCUCCUGUGAAUGUCUGGAACCGCCGCAUGGAACAGAUAGUGCAGACCCGAGCGAAAUCUGGACCAGUUUCCUCGCAGUUUCCACAGCCAUCACCUAGCCCUCAGGACCCUUCUCCUAGUUCCCAAAACACCCCCAAGCCUGCAAGCUCGUCAAGUUCCAAGCUACAGAAUGUCACUAAUCAUGCAACGGCGCCACCUACAAUUGUGGCGAACGGCACGAGCAACGGUGGUCACGGAAACGCUGAACACGACGCGUUUGUGGUGCAUUCGCGGGUGCGGGCACCUCUUACCGAUGAUCCUGAAAGCUGGCCGGAGGUCGGAAAAGUUGUGAGUAGUGGGAGUGGGCAGACUGAUUCCGAGCAGAACGUGAAGGGGCGAGAGAAGGGAGACAGAGAGAGCGAGCAGGCACCAGGGUCCACACGGAAGAGUACCGUCCGGACAUCACUGCGCAUCGAUACUAACCCGCAGACCGCGUUGUCCUUCGCAGGUGAAAAGCCGAAAUGGGUACCCAUCCCAGCAACCGAGCUACAGGCUGCCGCGGAUGCCCAGCAACGAGCACAACAUAUACGCAACCGCUCUUCGCAACAUCUCCAUGCGCAUUCGCGACCUUCCAAUCAGGGGUCCGGCUCGGCGUCGGCGUCUGGAUCAGGCUCUCAAGGUCAGAGCCGGACGCAGUCUGUCGCGGGAGGGACGCGCCAGUCCGCGUCGGGCUCGCAUGCUGGGUCUGUCUCACAGUCGCAGACGCAGAGCAGGACAGGCAGCACGCAAUCCAGCCCUCCUGGCGCAUUCGUACGUGGCGGGCGGCGCCUGCCGGAGGAAGGCAUGACGUACCCGGUAGGCGCAAGUCGCAGCAUCAGCAUGCGUUCGUCGCAAACCGGCUCGCCUCAGGCCUUCCAGCCUACGCUCCCGCCGCCUCCUGACGCUGUCCAAGGCGCGAUGGGCUACCGCGGCAUCCCACCGAGCCUGGGGAGACGAGGCUCCGGUCAAGGCGAGCAAGACCAGCCAGGAAUGCCUCCGUAUUACGUGCCCAUGCCGCCCAGAUCUUAUCACUCGCCUCAUCCCUCCGACUCACCAGCUCACCCUCAGUACGGCUUGCCCCCGAUCGCUCCUGUACCAACAUUGUAUUCCACACCGGGAUUGCAGCCGCCGCCUCCGGUGCCUUUCGCCGGGACGCCGCCCUAUCCGAUGUAUUCGCCGUACGGCUAUCCGUACCCACCGUAUAUGUAUUGGCAGCAUGGCACAUCGCCGGUUGCCCCUGAGGGCGUUCCACCGCCCAUGAUGCUUGGUCGACCUUCUUUGCCGGGGGAGAAUGAGGGUUCGACCACGUAUCGCGAUCCCAGCUUCGUAUUGCCUCCGCCUGCAACGUACGAACAUCCUGCAGACCAGCAAGUGCAGGCGACCCAGGUUGGGAGUACAAAGAGCAGCGCAGCGCCGGUUGAGAGGGGCCGGAGGACGAGGGAGUUGAGCUUCGGGACGAUAGAUUCGGAUGUUGCAGCAAGUCAGGGUGAUGGCGAGGAGCCAGAGGUAUUGGAGCUGCGCGUGACCAGCGAGGAACCACAGGAGGGCAAUGGCACGACGAAAUCAGGAGCACCAUUCGCCAUAGGUGUCGCGCCAGGUGAGCCGGGACCCGCGCGCAUACGAUCGCGUACAUCUUCCAAGGGACGUACGCUCGUGGUCGGGGAUACUGUCCCCGCCGUCGCACGGUCGGUGUCGGGACAGUCGGAACCGUUCGCUCAGCUAAGCGAGGAUGCCGCCUCUGGAGUGCGGGGCCCAGUCGAGGAGAUCGAGGCGGCUGUGAAGGUGAUCGACCUGACGGAGCCCGGGGAGACUAAGUGGGAAUUUGGCACGACCAUGCAGGCGGAGGCGGAGAUCAUUGCUGAGGUGGGUCCCAGACACACUCACGUCAACGGUGCAGAGCAGGCUGUACCACCACCUCCCGGUCCUGCGCUGGGCGUGACGGGAAUGAACGCCGCCUCGCCGCCCUUCGUCUACCCGUCCACCUACGCGCCACAGCCCGUCUUGCCCCCGAUCAUGACCACCACGAACGGAUUCGCCUCCGCACACUCGCCCUCGUAUGCGGGACCAUCAGCACUACCGCCUCUAUCCACUACCGAGAGCCCGAACGAUGACUGGCGCGUCAAGGACUAUGGGUACGGCUUUGGGCGGAAGAACUACGCUCCUGCCUCCGCGGGCGGUGAGCGGGAAUACUAUGGUCGCUCGAGGCGGGGGUCGUUCGGGGGCGGCUAUGGGUACGAUCGUGGCCAUGAGCGGGGUGGGUACGCAGGCCGUAGGGGGCGCGGAGGCGGGCGUGGGUACGAGGGGAGAGGCACCUUCCACGCGAGGACACAUUCAAGGGGCGGCAGCGCAUACCCCAACGCGCAAGCGCGCCAGCCGCCUUUCGUUGUUCAGCAGCCACCGUCGUUGCAGACUGACCUCAACGGGUACUAUGCUCCACCGCCUUCUGGGACGACGUACUACUCUCCUGUGUACGACCCCUAUGCCGCAGGCUACCCUGCACCUGCCUAUCCACCAUUCUUUCAGAACUUGCCUCCCGGCGCACCUUUGCCCAUGCCGAUUUCGCCGCUAUCCUUCCCGCUGGACUCCAUUCGGUACUACCUCCUGGGCCAGCUGGAGUACUACCUCAGCCCUGAGAACAUGGCGCAGGACUUCUUCCUCCGACAACACAUGGACUCCCGCGGGUGGAUAUCGAUACCGCUCCUCGCGUCGUUCAAGCGCGUCAAGCAGCUGACGCCGAACCUGCAGCUCGUGAAGGACGUGCUAACGCUAUCUACGUUCGUCGAGGUCCGGGACGAGUUCGUGCGCAUGCUGCAAUGGGCGCAGUAUGUGCUUCCCAAUGCCCCCGAGAGCGCUGUCGAGGGUGCAGAGCGCCCGGAGGGUGGUGCAUCAGAGAAGGCCCCUGCUGAAUACAUUCCUCCGCAUGGCGAGAAUUCCCCGGCUGAACACGGUGAGGAGGCCGAAGAGGAAGAGGAAGAUGUCGUUUUCGUCCUGGAGCGCCCUGCUGCUGAGGCCUGA